GAAAUUCCAAACUAAUGCGCAGCCUCAUUGGGGAUUCCGGGAAAGAUGGUCCAGGUCUUAGGGGGUGUGUAUGCCUGUUGGUCUGUGUAUAUAAAUAUCAGGCAGCUAAGAGAAGUAUCAUUCAUUGUCUUAAAGAGACUUAGCUACAGCUAUAUCUGAUCAGCUUUCUGCAUAGAAGCACAUAAGACUAUAUUCUUACCAUGGAUUUUUGCAUCAGCCAUCAGCCUGCCCGAGGUUCCAGGAUCUCCACCUUCUGGAUCUCCUUCGCCCUCAUUUACUCAGGACUGUGCUUGUUGAGCAGUGUGGAGGGCUGGUCGUACCAUUACUCCAACACCACCAUGCAAUGGGAAAAGGCCCGACUGUGGUGUCAGGAACACUUCACCGACAUGGUGGCCAUCCAAGACCAGCGGGAGAUCGCUCACCUCAACGCCAUCCUCCCCAGAACAUCCAGCGGGUCGGGAUCCGAAUAUUACUGGAUUGGGAUCCGUAGAGUGGAGGGGGUUUGGACCUGGGUGGGAACCAAUAAGAGUCUGACGGCCGAGGCGGAGAACUGGGCGGUUGGGGAACCCAACAACGGGUGGAACAACAAACGAAGGAGCGAGGACUGUGUGGAGAUGUACAUCAAGAGGGAGCAGGACAACACCAAGUGGAACGACGAGUUGUGCAAGAAGAAGAAGAGGCCUCUGUGUUACACAGCUUCCUGUGCAAAAGACUCUUGUUUUCAUGGAGAAUGUGUGGAGACCAUAAACAGUCACAAGUGUGACUGUUUUGAGGGAUUCUAUGGAGACCAGUGUGAGCAUGUUGUUCAGUGUAAGCAGGAGGAAGUUCCAGUUCUGGCCAAAGCUAGCUUGGAGUGUUUACAUCCAAAUGGAAAUUUCUCCUACGAUUCCACAUGCCAGUAUACAUGUGAGCAGGGCUAUCAGCUGAACUCCUCUGGGACCAUGACAUGCACAGCCACUACACAGUGGUCAGAACAACCACCGUCCUGUGAAUUGAUUACAUGCAGCGAGCUGCUCAUUCUUGAGAACGGCACGAUGGACUGCCAACACCCCCUGGGGUCUUUCAGCUACUUGUCCACCUGUGGGGUCACCUGCGAGGAGGGCUUUGAACUGGUAGACCCAGGCUCUGCCAGUCUGCAGUGUGGAGCUUCAGGACAAUGGAACAACUCCCUGUCACAAUGUGCCGCUGUUCAAUGCGCUGCUCUCGGGGCACCUGAGAAUGGGACCGUGACCUGUGGUGGAGACCCGGAGACGGAGUUUAGCUACGGACGUGACUGCAGCUACAGCUGUGCGGAAGGCUACCGUCUCCAGGGAGCCAGCCUGGUGACGUGCGCUGCGGAUGCUAGCUGGAGCGAGGAGACGCCACGUUGCGAAGCGAUCAAGUGCUCGAAGCCUGCGGGAGUACCUCAACUGCUCACCGAGUGUAACCAUGCUGCCGAUGAGCUGUGGCCAGGCUCCAGCUGCAUAUUCAGCUGUGCUGCGGGCUAUGAGAUGCAGGGAGAACCCAGAAUGGAGUGCUCCGGAAAGGGGGAGUGGAGCGCAGACAUGCCCACCUGCAGAGCUGCGCAGUGCCCCUCUCCCAGGGCUCCACUGGGGGGUCAGGUGAUCUGUGUGGCCCCCUCGCCCUCCACCUCGGCCCCAGUCGGGGGCGCCCAUACCUGGGGCUCCGUGUGUUCCUACCUCUGUGAUGAGGGCUAUGACCACCAGGGGUCCCUGAGCACAGAAUGCGUUGGCUCAGGUGUCUGGAGUUCUGAAAUCCCUACCUGUACAGCAGUGAGAUGCCCCUUGCUCCAGGCUCCAGCUAACGGCGCCGUCAGUUGUUCCAAUCGAGAUCCCAAUGAGACCGUGUUCGGCUCAGAUUGCUCCUUUACCUGUGAACAGGGGCACGAUCUACACGGACACGUUCACGUCACCUGCAAUCUCCAUGGCAACUGGACCGGAGUGGCUCCCCGGUGCGAAGCCACUCCUUUUUUUGAGGCUCUGUUGACGCCGACUAACAUGGGUCUGGCAGCAGGGGGCGCUGUGUCGUUGUCCGGCUUGUCUCUCGCGAUGUGGCUGCUGAAACGACUCAGACAGAAAGGUAACAAGUUCGAAUUGAACAGUUUCUCAGACGUUGAAGAUCCACCACAAGUCUACAAGAACAGCAUUGACAGCCUCAUUUAGAGAACAGCAUCAAGAUGUCCAGUAGGGUAGAGGUCAGAGGUCAGGAGGAAGUGGAAGUGGGGGAUAAGAAGAGGAGGUCAAAAACAGCUGGAUCUGUUAUGGAAAAUGACCUUCUGGGUGUUUCACAGUUCUUCAGGUUUAAGUUAUUACCUUGUUAUCCGAUGAUCUGAUGCACUGAUUGCUACUGCUGUAUGUAUUGAAGUAGUCUUUACUAUACCGACUGUAAAUAAUGCCCAAAUGAGAAAAACCCUUUAUAGCGAAACACUUUAUUUGUAGAUUAUCUGUGCUGCCUGUUGUAAAAGUUUUUCACAAUAGCAUGAUUUCCUCCCAAAGGGAGUUUUUGAACUGAACAUAUUGUUCUCCAGCUUCUUUAGUUAAGAAGUUAUUUAAUACAAUUUCCAAAAUAGUUUAUUAUAUUGUCAUGUUUUCAAAUCUGUGAAAAGCUAUAGAUUUCAGCAUUUAAGUCAUAUUUAUUUCAAAGUAUAUAUGUUUCUAUGUUUCAAGUGCUACUAUUAAAACUGACAUGUUUUCAUAUGAAUAAAGUAUUUGUACUCAAAUAUCUUAGCCUCUCAUUGCAUCCUUAUGUAAAACUCUACAUUACGUCAACUAUUUAGUUCAAAUAUGCCCAAAACACAAACGAUCAAGUCAAUAAUGUUACACAAAACACAGUAUCAGAGGAGCUGGUUUUGCAAGAGGUGGCACAUUUCCCAAGUAGCUGGCUCCAGGAGGACACAGUGGCACGCGAUGGCACACCAUCCUGUCAACACGGCCGUUUGGCAUGGUCUUUGAGGAUGUCGGCCUGUUUUAAUGACACGGGUCUUUUCCAGGGGUCCUGUCUCGGUCGUUUCCACAUCCUGAACCCUGUCCUUUUUGUUUU